AUGCAAUCUGUGCCAGGCUUGUUCAGACAAUCUCUACGAACGAAUCUGAAAAUACCAAGAACAUCUCUAUGCAGACGAUCGCCGAUCGCUUCAAGUCCUACCACCAAAGUUCUUCACUACCCCAGAGAUUCACGGCGAAACUUCUCGGUCUGCCUACGUUGUCAAUUCCGCUCCCAGCCCGCCCUUUUAUCGGAUGAAUUAAAGAAGCCUGCAGAUGCAAGUCCGGAUGGGAAGUCGAAAGAUGAAGUAAUCGCCUUGGGUGCGCCGGAGAGUGCGCCGCAGAGCACUCGAACAGAAACAGGUGCGGGGGAUCAGGGAACUCCGCAAGCCGCGGACGCGGUGCACACUCAGGGGCAUGAAGGGAAGGGAAAUGCUGAGCCCAGCUCGACAGAGACCGGGGGACUUCCCUCGUAUCUAGAGAACCGCCGGUCGCAACUCUCCAAGCAGUUCACCGAGAUGAUGGAUAAUAUGCAAUCAAAUGUUUUCGUGGCGGGCCAGCGGCUGAACGACCUGACUGGUUACUCUUCGAUCGAGGCCCUGAAGAGGAGUAUACAAGAACAAGAGGAGCGCCUUCGAGCCGCUCGCCUUCAGGUCCGAGCAGCAAAAGACGCCUAUGCGGCCGCCAUAAACCGACGCUCGACUUCUCAGCGCGAAGUCAACGAACUACUGCAGCGUAAACACGCCUGGUCACCGGCUGAUCUAGAACGCUUCACACAUCUAUACCGCAACGACCACACGAACGAAGUUGCCGAAAAUGAAACGCAGGAAGCCCUGUCGGCGGCUGAACGCGAGUCGGAAGAGGCUGCUGCGAGUCUCACGAAGAGCAUCCUAUCCCGCUACCACGAAGAGCAAGUCUGGUCGGACAAAAUUCGCCGUAUGAGUACAUGGGGGACCUGGGGCCUGAUGGGGGUAAAUGUCCUCCUCUUCCUGGUCUUCCAGAUAGCCGUUGAGCCCUGGCGCCGGAAGAGGCUCGUCAAGGGAUUUGAGGAGAAAGUGCUCGAGGCUAUUGAAAAGGAGAAGAUCCUCGUCCAUGCCCAGCCUGUGCCAUCUGCUGAAACCGCUGCCGCUCCAGAAGUUUCUGCUUCUGUUUCUACCACCCCGUCUACUGCAGACAAUAUUACCUCCGACGAAUCUCCUGAUGUGACUGCCCACUCAACCACGCCAACCACCCUUACCGAAGACCAGCCUCCGGCGAACACGGCAAGCGAGCUCACAGGAUCUUUCAACCCUUCUACAUUGCAAUUCCCUUCAUCCAUGUCUGUUGAGUCGUGGCGUCAAUACCUGCACGACCUUCUCAGUGAGAGUCCCGUCACAGUCACACAACGUGAUCUCUCUAUAGUGGCCGCCACCAGUGCCGCAGCCGGUGCUGCAGCGAUGGGCCUGGUCUUCGCCUUGUUCAAUAACGACCCCACACUUGCCGAGGCCUGGGCCGUGGUCCAAAGGGCCAUUGAGCGCGAUGAAAACGCCCGGCGCCGUGGCCGUGGUCAAUCCUCCGCACCCUCCACUACCACCAUCGCCGCCGCCGACGCUGACGCCCCUGCCGGAGUAAAGACAACCAAGGCUCAAAAGCGCCGUCAGGAGCGCAGGGACACCGAGAAGAAGGGGGAUGAGGCCAGUAAGAGGGGGGAGGACAAGAAGAAGGGGGAAGGGGAGAAUAACAAUGAUGAUAAAGAGGGGUUGAAGAAGGGAAUGAAGGACAAGCACGAUGAAGGGGGUGCCGCAAUCAAGGUCUAA